AUGAGGACACACACAGGGGAGAAACCGUUCGGCUGUUCAGUCUGUAAGAAAGCGUUUGCUAAAGCCUCUCAUCUCAAAACACACGUGAGGACACACACAGGGGAGAAACCGUUUGGCUGUUCAGUCUGUAAAAAAGUGUUUUACAAAUCCUCUCAUCUCAAAACACACAUGAGGACACACACAGGGGAGAAACCGUUCAGCUGUUCAGUCUGUAAGAAAGCGUUUGCUAAAAAAUGUAAUCUCAAAACACACAUGAGGACACACACAGGGGAGAAACCGUUCAGCUGUUCAGUCUGUAACAAAGCGUUUGCUGAUAGUUCUAGUUUAAAAAAACAUAAAAGGACACACACAGGGGAGAAACCGUUCAGCUGUUCAGUCUGUAACAAAGCGUUUGCUGAUAGUUCUAGUUUAAAAAAACAUAAAAGGACACACACAGGGGAGAAACCGUUCAGCUGUUCAGUCUGUAAAAAAGUGUUUGCUACAUCCUCUCAUCUCAAAACACACAUGAGGACACACACAGGGGAGAAACCGUUCGGCUGUUCAGUCUGUAAAAAAGUGUUUGCUACAUCCUCUCAUCUCAAAACACACAUGAGGACACACACAGGGGAGAUACCAUUCGGCUGUUCAGUCUGUAACAAAGCGUUUUCUCAUAAAUCGACUCUCAGACUGCAUUUGAGGACACACAACAGACCGCAUUUAUAAAUUGUCACAGCUCACGCUCUAGCCGCCGCGUUCCAAACAGGAAGUUCCCGUGCGGCUCGUCCGGCUCCUGCU